CAUGACAUCACUUAAAGCCGUAUCCAGGGCAAGGUGCCGCUCCGCCAUUUUAACUUCCUGCUUCUAAAGAAGACGAGCUUGUCGCGCUGUAUCUACACUCGAAAAGCGUUUUCGUUGAUCCAAACAACUGGUUUUUUAUUCUUUAUUUCUCUCAUAGAGAUAAAAGUAACAGCCUCAGUUAGGUUUUGAGUUCAUAUCGGUUAGUUUCAGCCGGAGAGUCGCGAUGCCGAGCCACCCGCUGCGUGUAGCGGUUGUGUGCUCGAGCAACCAGAACCGCAGUAUGGAAGCGCACAAUAUCCUCAGCAAACGUGGAUUUGAUGUGCGUUCAUUUGGGACAGGGUCUCAUGUGAAGCUACCCGGUCCUGCUCCGGAUAAGCCAAAUGUGUAUGACUUCAAAACGACAUAUGAACAGAUGUACAACGACUUGGUCCGCAAGGACAAGGAACUAUACACACAAAACGGCAUCCUGCACAUGCUGGACCGCAACAAGCGGAUCAAAUCAAAGCCAGAGCGCUUCCAGAACUGCAAGGACAAGUUUGACCUGGUCAUCACCUGUGAAGAGAGAGUCUAUGACCAAGUGGUGGAGGAUUUGAAUUCCAGAGAGCAGGAGACGCUGCAGCCCGUGCAUGUAAUCAAUGUAGACAUUCAGGAUAACCACGAGGAAGCCACACUGGGCGCCUUCCUCAUCUGUGAGCUGUGCCAAUGUAUCCAGCACACCGACGACAUGGAGAAUGAAAUCGACGAGCUCCUACAAGAGUUUGAGGACAAAAGCAACAGGCCUUUCCUUCACACUGUCUGCUUCUACUAAGACUCUGCAACAAUUUGCAAUAAACACAGACCGAGAUCACAAGCAAUCACACAGAAGUAUAUGGACACACAUGCAUCAUACUCCUCAGUCAUCCAUGACUCAGUGCAUACAGGUUGUGUGCCUACACAACCACAGACACACAUAAAUAGCUUUGGGUCAGGACCUAACAAAUGGCUGCUGUUGGACAUAUUGUUGAUAAUGGGUUUUUCCUCUAAGCAGAGGAUGGACUCGCUGCUCUUGCUCUGCCUUUCAUUCCUCCAGAUCAAGGUCAGGCCAAGGUUAAUCCCUCCAAAUAUCACAGGUCCAGUCAAAUCACUCAACUAUGUCUCCUCAGGGAGAGCCACAACACCCACAGGCCAGAUUCAACAGCUCCUCCAGUUACUUUCAUUUUUGAUUGGCACAGAAUGUUUUUGUUUUUUUCUUAGAUCUAUGAUUAAUUCAAGCAUAUAUGCCAGAUUUAUUUAAUAUUUGGGAGGGUGUACAUGUGUUUACAUGCUGGAGGAGAAUUAUUUGAAGUGUAUGCUUGUUUCUGUGCGACCAUGUGUUUGUAGAUUUAGUUAUGAUUAAGUUUUAAGUGGGUGGGCUAAUUAAUAAUGAAUAACCAAACCUAGACCUCUGAGGCUUUCAUCGGGUGUGUUUCAGAUAUGUGUUGAUAUUUAAACUCGAUGCUGUAUUUCUGGCCACAGUAUUUUGUUUUUAGUUUUUUUUUUCUUGAACUGAAGCAUUGUACUUAUUUUCAAACUGCGAGCUCGGCUCAGAGUGCCUGAUAUUUCUUUUUUCCUGUAUGUACAUAUGAAUCUACUAAAGAACGAAGCCUCUCUAAGAAA